AUGGCGGGCACGCCGGGGCCGGCCACAAGACCGGGGACGGGCAUGUCGGUGCAUGGGGCGGACGGCCAGCAGAAGGCGCCGAGUCGCCCGACGACGGCCACGGGCUUUGUUCAGCAGCAUCAGCAUCAGCAACAGCAUCAGCAACAGCAGCAGCAGGCGCAGGUCCAGCAGGGGCAGAAUGGCAACUUCCUGGGUAUGGGCCAUCCGAACGGGGCGCUGCAGACGCCGACAGCAAGGUCUCCUGGCGGGUUCCCGGCCAUCGCUCCUGCUCCGGCGAUGCCCGGUUCGCCGACGCGCGGCGCGAAGCGCAGGCUCGGAACACCCGUCCCCGGCCAGCCGCAACAGCUCCAGCUCCAGCCACAGCCACAGCAGAUACAUCCGCCGCCACAGACCCCGCAUCUGCCGAUGCCGUCGAUCGCCAACGUCAACAUUUCAGCAGGUGGCGGCGGCACGGGUCUGACAGGCAUGGGUAUCAUGGGGAAUGUCGGCCCCGCUGGUUCGCAGAACGCAGCGGCGAAUCUGGGUGUCGGGAUGGGCCUGCUCGGCGGUGCUGGAGGCGGGAUGAUGGGUCCUCCGGUCUUGCCGCGGUCUACUAGUCAGGGUCAGAUACACCAGGCGCAUGGCGGCGACAUGGGCGGGAUGGGUAUGGGCAUGAAUGCAAAUAUGAACGUCAAUGGCGGUGCAUUUCCUGCUCCUGGCAUGACGCGCCAGCUGUCUGCCGGGCCAAUGGGCGUGAACCCAAACUUCCCUAGCGCCCCGACCCCCGCUGCUCAACUCGGGCUCCCAUCGACCACCGGACUGCCUGCGUCGUCUCCCAUGCACGUGCCGGGCCUCGGACAAAAUGGGGCUAUGGACACGAUGGGGCCCUCCCGCGCGAUGGGCGCUCUCCCUAAUGGUGUGGGCCUUGGGCUGGGAACGUCCGGUCUCAGCGGGAUGGGCGGAAUCGACGUGCCUAUACCCCAGACGCCCAUGCAGCAGCACGCCCGCCAGACUUCGCAGCCACCCAUCAGUUCGCCCUUCCCGCACGGGUCCUCGCCGAUCGCAGGCCCUAACCUGUCGGGCGCCGGUUUGCAGAAUGGCUUGAUCGAUCGCAAGCCCAGCGAGGGCCUUGGCACUGCUGCAAACGCGCAGGACAACGCGGCAACGAAGACGGCCAACGGUGCGUCGAACGCCGCGCCCGCGGUGCCGCCGGCUCCUACCGUGAUACCCCAGCUCGCGCCUCUGCCUGCUAAUGUCCAGCUUGACCCGAAGGUGUCGCGCGUUUCUAUUGUGCCGCUUAAGGACUCGGCUACCCUCAUACCGCCGCUCACGGAAGACCAAAUCGCCGAAAUCAAGACGUACAUGAAGAUCGACAAGGAGUAUGAGGGCAGAUACAAGCACAUGCGCGAAAAGAUGACGGACGAGUUGCGCGGAACGGUCGGAAAGCCUCAUGCGUGGUGGGAGAAGGACACGACUCUGGAGGACGGCCGCAUGGGCAUGCGCAAGCGACAGGAUAAGUUUUCGCUCACGGGUCAAAAGCACUUCAAGGAGCGUGAGCUGAAGGAGCGGCGGAAGGCAGGCAAACGAGAAGGGUUCAAGUUGCCCCGCAGACUGCCAUCAGAAGACGCCAGUCGUAUCGAACAGCUCGUGCCCAUCCGGCUCGAGUUCGACGUUGAACACCACAAGAUGCGCGAUACUUUUGUGUGGAACUUGAACGGUACGAAUGCCAUUCGUUCGUUGUAG